CAUAAACUGAAAAUAAAUAUGGGAAACAACGACACGAAUUUGGAGGAGGGGUUUUGGCGCUGACGAGGUCGGGGUUCUUCCGCUAAACUAAAAACCUCGUUCCAGAAUAGCUGCCUUAUCUUUCCUUCUCAUUCUUCAACGGAAAUUUACACCUGCCCUUCCAAGAAUUUCCUCCAUUGAUUCCCAAAACCCUCGAAAAUGUUACUCCUCAGCAGCAAUUGAAACGAUAGUGAAGAUGUUGACCACUUUGAGCUCUACAAAGUCCACCAUUUUCGUACCUCAAAGCCCAUUUCUUGAUUCAACCAAAACCAACAAAUGUUAUGCCAAAUUCCGCAAAAGGAAAUGCUCAAUCAAAGCUUCUAUCCCAAGAGCGCCGUUAAGACCCUUUAGGUUUUGUUUCAGUGCAGCAGCUAGUGAUGGAUUUCUUGGUUCUAUUCGAAGGAAACAAAUUGAGGUUCCAUCUAAGGUGGAAGAGAAGGAAAACCAUCCGUUAGAGAGCUUGGUUUCUUGCGGCAGAAAUGGCGGCGAUGAUUUUCCUAGUCAUAUCGCGAAGGUGUUUAUCUUUACAGUUGUUUCUGUGUUUUGGGCGUUUUCUAUUCCGGUGGGGCGAUUUUCGUUGCCUCCUGCAAUGGCUGCCACUGGUGUUCUGAGUGAGGUUUUUAGGGGCAGUAAGAAAAGCAGUAGAAAACAACAGGGAUUGAACAAUAGUGGUCAUCUGUAUUCCCAUUGUACGGAGAGAUUGUUGGAAGUUGUUUCGGGAUUGCUUAAGACAAUAGAGGAGGUGAGAAAGGGUGACAAUGCUAUCACUGGUGUUGAGGCUGCAUUGAAAGAGGUUAAAAAUAAGAAAACUGAGUUGCAAAAUGAGAUAAUGGAGAGAUUGUAUGCGGAAUCAAGAGUGCUGAGAGGGGAAAGAUGGGUUUUGAUGAAACGUUCUGAGGAAAUUCUUGAAGGAGUCUCAAGAGAACAGAGAGAGCAAGAGAGAUUGAAGAAGAAGGUUGGAAGUGGUGUUCGUGGAGAAGGAGUAAAGGAUAAGAUUGCAAAGUUAGAGGAAAACAUGAUAAAUGCCGAGAGAGACUAUAAUGACAUAUGGGAAAGGAUCGGAGAAAUUGAUGAUCACAUUUCCAAGAAGGAGACAUUGGCAUUGAGCAUUGGUGUGAGGGAGCUUUCCUUCAUUGAGAGGGAGUGUGAGCAGCUGGUUGAAGGGUUUUUAAAGGAAGUGAGGCAGAGCAAUAGACAAAGAGUGCAGAAAAGCCCUCCAACCCACCUCUCUAGGUCUGAGAUAAAGAGAGAACUGCAAAGUGCUGAAAGACAAUUACGUGAGCAGAUUGCCUUAACUAAUAUUCUGGAAAAUGAGGAUCUUGAACAUGGGGUUGAUGCGCAGUCAUUUGGAUUUGCCCAACGCCUUAAGCAGUCAAUUGCAAGUUCGAAAAAUCUGCAGCAGGAUCUUGAGAACCGUGCUAGAAAAAAUAUGAAGAAGUAUGGUGAGGAAAAGCGCUUUGUGGUAACCACGCCAUUGAAUGAAGUGGUUAAAGGUUUUCCUGAGAUUGAGUUGAAGUGGAUGUUUGGAAACAGAGAGGUUGUAGUUCCAAAAGCUGUAAGCAUCCAUUUGUUUCAUGGUUGGAAGAAAUGGCGCGAGGAAGCAAAAGCCAAUUUAAAACAAGACUUAUUGGAAAAGGCUGAAGUUGGUAAAAAGUAUGUGGCUGAAAGACAGGGACGCAUUCUUUUGGCUCGAGACAGAGUUACUUCAAGAACUUGGCGUAAUGACGAAAAAAAGAGGUGGGAGAUGGACCCUAUUGCUCUUCCUUAUGCUGUGUCCAAAAAACUUGUUCGGAGUGCUCGGAUAAGGCAUGAUUGGGGUGCUCUUCAUGUUCUGCUGAAGGGGGAUGAAAGAGAAUAUUAUGUUGAUAUUAAGGAAUAUGACCUGCUGUUUGAGGACUUUGGAGGGUUUGACGAGCUCUAUAUGAGAAUGCUCGCCUCUGAUAUUCCAACUGUUGUUCAACUUAUGUGGAUUCCUUUUUCAGAAUUGGAUUUUCAUCAACAAUUUCUUGUAGUAACAAGACUUUCUUACCAGUGUUUGCAUGCAUUAUGGAACACUAAUCUUGUCUCACGUGCAAAAGACUGGACAGUAAAGAACUUUAGACAAAUAAAUGAUGACCUAAUGAUGAUGAUUGGGUUUCCCCUUGUGGAAUUUAUCAUUCCUUACUCGAUUAGGAUGAGAUUGGGCAUGGCUUGGCCAGAGUAUGUUGACCAAUCUGUUGCUUCAACUUGGUAUUUGAAAUGGCAGUCUGAGGCUGAAAUGAGCUUUAGAUCAGGAAAAACGGAUGAACUGGAGUGGUAUCUUUGGUUUCUAAUUAGAUCUGUGGUGUAUGGAUUCAUUUGCUAUCAUGUAUUUCGAUUCAUGCGGAGGAAUGUUCCUGGACUUCUUGGUUUUGGGCCUCUAAGGAGAGAUCCAAACUUAAAAAAGUUACAGAGAGUGAAAACUUACAUCAAGGCUAAGAUCAGGAGCAUAAAGCAAAAGAAAAGGGAUGGUGUUGAUCCAAUCAGUACAGCUUUUGACGGGAUGAAGAGGGUCAAGAACCCACCUAUACGGUUGAAGGACUUUGCUAGUGUUGAGUCUAUGAGAGAAGAAAUUAAUGAAGUUGUUUCAUUCCUUCAAAAUCCUCGUGCAUUUCAAGAAAUGGGAGCUCGUGCCCCACGGGGUGUCCUAAUCGUUGGAGAGAGGGGAACUGGAAAAACAUCUCUAGCACUGGCUAUAGCUGCUGAAGCAAAGGUGCCAGUUGUAGAAGUCAAAGCCCAACAGUUGGAGGCAGGGCUAUGGGUUGGCCAAAGUGCAUCGAAUGUCAGAGAGUUGUUUCAAACCGCACGGGAUCUGGCUCCUGUAAUCAUAUUCGUGGAAGAUUUUGACCUCUUUGCUGGUGUUCGUGGGAAGUUCAUUCAUACCAAAAAGCAGGAUCAUGAGGCUUUUAUCAAUCAACUUCUAGUAGAGCUAGAUGGGUUUGAGAAACAAGAAGGGGUUGUUUUGAUGGCUACAACACGGAACUUGAAACAAAUUGAUGAGGCAUUACAGCGUCCUGGCCGUAUGGAUAGGAUAUUUCGUCUUCAACGUCCAACACAAGCAGAAAGGGAGAGGAUACUUCAGUUAGCAGCCAAAGAAACCAUGGAUGAGGAACUCGUUGAUUUUGUUGAUUGGGGAAAGGUAGCUGAGAAAACAGCGCUUUUGCGUCCAAUAGAGCUAAAACUUGUUCCUUUGGCUCUGGAAGGUGGUGCUUUUAGAAGAAAGCUGCUCGACACUGAUGAACUUAUGAGCUACUGUAGCUGGUUCGCUUCGUUCAGUCAACUCAUCCCAAAUUGGGUGAGGAAAACCACAAUGGUGAAGAAAAUAAGCAAGCUACUGGUGAAUCAUCUUGGACUGACGUUGACAAAGGAGGAUUUAGAGAAUGUGGUGGACCUAAUGGAACCGUAUGGCCAGAUAAGCAAUGGCAUAGAACUACUAAAUCCCCCUCUUGAAUGGACAAACGAGACAAAGAUGCCACAUGCUGUUUGGGCAUCUGGUCGUGGACUCAUUGCAUUUCUUUUGCCAAACUUUGAUGUUGUUGAUAAUUUAUGGCUUGAACCACUGGCUUGGGAGGGGAUUGGUUGCACAAAGAUCACUAAAGCUAGAAAUGAAGGUUCCCUCAAUGGGAAUGUUGAAUCCAGGGCAUAUGUUGAAAAGAGGCUGGUAUUUUGCUUUGGAUCUUACAUAGCAUCUCAGAUGCUUUUACCGUUUGGAGAAGAAAAUCUGCUUUCUUCAUCGGAGUUACAGAAGGCUCAAGAGAUAGCUACAAGAAUGGUGCUCCAGUAUGGAUGGGGACCUGAUGAUAGUCCUACAAUUUAUCACCACGGCAAUGCAGAGACAGUAUUGAGUAUGGGUAACAACUUUGAGUACGAAAUGGCUGCUAAGGUUGAGAAAAUGUAUUAUUUAGCAUUCGAUAAAGCGAAGGCUAUGCUGCAACGGAAUCGUAUUGUCCUGGAGAAAAUUGUCGAAGAGUUACUUGAGUAUGAGAUCUUGACCGGGAAGGAUAUAGCGAGAAUAUUUGCAGCCAAUAAUGGGAUUCGGGAGGAAGAGCCAUUUUCACUUUCGGGCGUAAAUGAUACGGCAGAGCCUGUGUUUCAGAGCUUACUUGAAAAUGGCAACUCGCCAGGAAGCACCAUACUAAUUUCAUCAAAUUAGUGCCAAAGCAAAGGAAGUCGUUGUAAAGCUAUUGUUUGUGGAAAUGCUCCGAUGUUUUUGGAAAGUUCUGCUUGAGCAUUCAACUGUUUUUGGAAAUUCUCCAAUGGUUUUUGGAAGUUGAGUGUCCAUUUGUAGAAUUUCUUAUGUACAGACGAAACUAAAAUUUUUUUGUUCUUUUUCCGUUUAACCUCAUUAAAGUAAUUUACUUAACCAAUAUAUUUAGAGACUCAGAUGAGAUUACUGUAAGGCAUUGUUUGGUUGCAUUGAAUUGAGACCAAGUAUUGGAAUUUGAGCUCUAUAAUUCCAAUCUUGUGUUUGGUUGCUAAAAAUAAAAGUCCAAGAAUUGUAAUUAUAAUUCAAG